AUGGAUAUUAUUAAUUUGGAAGUAAAACAUAUAGUAGCUGUUUUUGGAUUUUUAUCCAUUGGAACAAGUUUAGUGAUGAUAUUUGUACAAAUUUUUAUGUUAAUUGCAUUAUUUAAAGAUACCAAAUUAAUAAAGAAUAAUUAUGUAUAUCUUAUAAUAGGAAGUAUAGGAUUUGUUGAAUUAAUUCAACAAAUAAUAAUGUUAAUAGGUGGUAUAUAUUUUGUAGUAUUUGUCAAACCAUCAUUUAUUAUAGAAAGAAUAUUAGGUGCUAUAAUGGGAAGUUGUUACUUAUUUAUUGCUGUUCUCCAAUUAUAUUUAUCUUUAACAAGAGUAAAUAUAUUUUUUCGGUUUUCAUCAGCAAAAGAUAAGAUAAAUAAAGAUAUUCUGAUUAAAAGUAUACUAAUCUUGUCAACAAUAUAUAUUUGCUUCCUUAUUUUUUAUUCAUCAAAUACAUUUAGAAUUGAUAUUAAUUUAAAUGAAUGUGGUUGGAUUUUUCGAGAUGAUGAAGAAAAUUAUAGAAGAUAUUCACAUAUUGAUUCUAUUGUAUAUUUAUUAUUAAAUUUGUUAACAUUAGUAGCAUUUAUUGCUGUUAUUGUUAAAAUUAAUAUUAGCAAAUCAAAGACAACAACAUAUAAUGAUAAAAAAAUUUGGGAAACACGUCUUUUAGAAUUAAGAUUAUCAUUUCAAGCUAUAACUCAUUUUGUCUAUACAGCUAUUCUUCAUUUCUUUUUUGUUUUGACUAAAACAUCAUACCCAACAUAUACAAAUUUUUUAAGAAUACUAAAUUUAAUUUGGACUUUAUCAGUAGGCUGUAAUACUAUACUUAAUCUUAUUUUUGUUAGAAAUAUUAGAAAUCUUUUUUUAAAAUCAACUUUUUGUUUGAAAAAUAAUAAGAAAAAGAGUAGAAAAGUUAAAAAUGUAGUUAUGAAAAAUUUUAAAAUAGCAAGAAUUAAUAUUUGCCAUCAAAAUAGUUGUAUGAAAAUAUUGCCAACAGAAAGUUAA